CUUUACUUGAAUUUUAACCUCUGUAUAUUUCACAGAAUCUUGUAACAUUUCAUGUGUUAAAAUUCCCAACUUUGAAUAGCAGUAUCAGCAUUCGUCCAAUACAUUUCACUCUUGCCAAGUCCCUCACUAUAUUUUGGACUUAGUAUUAACAUUAGAUCAUUUCAUUUGGUUAUGUGGCCAUUUUGCAACAUUUUCACUAGUCAAAUAUGUAUUCACAUUGUUUUGUCAUCUUAACAAAGGAGGUCGGUAUCAGUAUCAGUUGAUCUUUGCUCCACUUCACUGUCCCAGGAAGUUUGACUCACAUGGCCAAUUUCAAAGUCCUCUUCCUCCUCUUCAUCGACAUCCAUCCAUCCACAACACUCUUCUGUUAUGAAAGUGUUUUGUCAUAAUGGAUCAUCUUCAUCAUUCAUGCAUGAGUAAUCUGAUGAUUCAUUCACUUGUGACCUCCUCCAAGAUAUAGUUUUCACAUGCCAUUGUACAGAACUGGGCUAUUUCCACCAGAAAAAUCAAAAGAAAGCUUUUAAAAAGACAAAUCCUGGAGUAAUGGGGGAUUAUUGAACCCUCUUUGAUGCUUGAAUAAACACACAAAAGCAGUUAGAUGGAGCACAACGUGGGUGAAAAUCCCAUUUUGAGACUUUUGCACUUGCUCACACACCUCAUUGUUUGACACAGCAAGUGGGUAAUCACAUAAACUGCUUUCCAGUGUCCCUCAGGGGAAGGUAGUGACAUGCCCAGCUGGCUAUUGCACUAAAGUAAAAUUUACUGGUACAGGAUAGGCCUGCUGCAUGUAGUUAUGUUGCUACCUACACUCUAAUAUGUCCCUGUGUCUCCUGAAACCUUUUCUUAACCAAAGACCCACUCCAACAGUAGAGUGGCCAACUCUUCUGUAUUUGGCACAGAGGACUUUUACUUUGUACUUUUUCUACCUUCUUGCUUUGCAUCUAAUUGGGUGAAGUUUCCCAUCUCGUCUCCCAGUCUCUGCUUUUGAUUGGGAAGACACUGCCCCUUCAUUAGAAGGGAAUUAGAGCUUGCAAGAGUUUGCCUCUGUCAGGUGGCUGUUUCAUGAGCCUUGCAGCAUCUUGUCCUUGCUCUUUUUCGUCUUCUUCUUCUUUAUUUUUUAAAAAUUUAUUUUAUUUUAUGUUUUUCGUAUCAGGGAUCAAACUCAGGACCUCACACUUGCCAGACAGAUCUUAUGAUGCUGAGUUAAAUCCCUGGCCUAAAAAGAGGAUAAAACCAAGGAAAACAAAACAGAACAAAACCGAUCAAGAUAAACCAGUAUAAGUGAUACAGGUCUUUAAAACUUAGAAAAUCAGCAAUAGUUACCAUAAUGCCUCUAUCAUCUUCAAAAUAGCUGCAGAUACCUUUGGGCCUGGUAAAAAUCAAACAACAGAAUAGAGCAGAAACAACAAACACAAAACAAUGACUGCAGUAAAGGACUUCAAAACAAGCUCACAGUAAGUCCAGAAUGGCUACCAUAACACGUCUUGCUAUCUUUGGAACAGUUGUUCAUGGCUGCAGAUUUAAUAUAAUCAAACAAAAUGAAAGAAUAAAACCCAACCAACAAAGCAAUGAAAAUGACAUGGUUUCCAGGCAGGGCCCACCCCCUUGUGAGGCUUGGUUCUCGCUCCACAGUCUGCGAAUGCUGCUGACUGGGAGAGAGGCUUGGGCGUGGCUGUCCCCACUCCAGCAGCAGCUGUCCCGCUCUUCUGCAGGAGUCAUUCGUUUUGGAGUCAAUGGGCUCAUCACCUGUGUAAAAGCUAUUUAUGUUUUCUUUGAGGAUGCCGUGGAUAUAACUUUGAAAAUCCCAAGGCCACCCCAGGGUGGUAUGAAUCCGUGGCAGUUAAACAUAGCCAUAUACAGGAUGCUGCCCCACAUCUGGGGAGUGAGUUUGUAGUUUCCUCCACGUAUGCCACACUGUGUCUCAGGAAAUACAGUACUACAGGGUGCAUUGUUUUCUUUUCAAUAUGUGAGCCUCUAACAUGUAGAAUACAAAACCAGUCCUGAUUUUCAUAAAGGUCCACGUAUUCAGCUUUAACAGACUUUUCUUCAGACUUGAGUUCCUGCAAAAAAAAUUCUCCUUUGUGAGCCAGGGUCUUGCUCUGUAGCCCAGGCUGGCCUUGAACUCACAGUGAUCAUCUUGCCUCAGCCUCCUGAGUGCUGGAUCACAGGCAUGUGGGACCAGAGCUGGUUCUUCCAUUUCAACCUAAGGGACUCCUCUACCCAAGGCAGGCCUACUAGGAAGGACGGACAUUCUUCAGUGCUUGCAUCUAGGAAUGUCUGAGCUUUCCCCCUCAUUUUAAGGACAGUUUUGCUGGAUGUAAAAUGCUUAGUUGAGAGAGCUUUUUGUUUUGUUUCACUGUUUCAUUCACACAGCACAUGUCCACCUGUUUCCUUCUGUCCUCCUGUAACAGAAUAUCCCGCACCCCAGUCAGUAUACUGCAGUUUCUUAGUUGUCCAGGUAACAGUUCUGUCUCUAAGAAACGGCUGGUCACUGUGAUGCCUAGCUGGUCACUGUGAUGCACACUGCAUAAACCAGCCCCAAUCAACAAGCCAUUUUGCCCCUGUACUCCCCACUUGCUUAUCCUGUACAGGCCUCAGACCAUCAGAGAUCAGGGCCUGAUAUUCUGGGAAUGUACCAAUCAGUGCCCGUUGGUAUAAAUAAAUGUGUCUCCAACUCUUGGGUGUCCUUUCUGUGACUGUGCUUGCCGCUGCUCUCCAAGGAUUUUGAGGAUAAGUCUAAUGACUAUGUUUUUGGGGAAUUGCUGUCAGGUGCACAGGCAUUAAUUUAUUUGUCAUAUUUUAUACACUGACCGUUACAUUAUUCUAAUGUAAGUGAAGUUGCAGCAUCACUUUGACACCAGUAAGAAUUAAGAGCAAAAGGAACUGGAGAUGCUGAGUGUAGACAUCAUGGGAUCUCUAAAUGUAAGAGGUAUUACAGAUGCUGAGAACAGAUUCUCAGAACAGAAACAAAAGGGAUAUUGAAGCAUCCUACAGGUUUGAAUUUCAAAAACUCAAGAGUCAAUCUCCAUAACUCACAUUAGUAAGACAUUUUGUAACAUUUUUCUGUUAGAAACAAAAGACCCUCAUGGCCAAGAGUGUGAGGGGUGAAGUGGAGGUGACCAGCUCUGCCUGGGCCCACUGGCACCAUGACUUCACAAGAUCCCCUGUGAGGUCACAGCAGAUAGCUGUAUAAGGUAGGGUUUUCAGCCCAGAGACCCUUUGUGGGUGAAGUGGAGUGGUGUUUGGAGAGUAGUUGGUGGUUGGAGAUUCGAAAUUUUGAUAAUUGAUUUUAUAAUGUCUAGUUCCAUCAAGGCAUCCUUUGUGGCAUGUAAAACAUCUUUGCUGGACAUCAUGUCAUCGUCCACAGAAAUGUCAUCGUCCACAGAAAUCUUCUGGGAAGAUUAUGACAUGCUGUUGCCCCUUAGUGAGGGUAACUUUGCCACAGUAGUACUCACUGAACAUGUGAGCACAGGGAUGCUGGUAGUUGUGAAGGUACUUCACAAGAACAAGUUGGGGCCUACUGCUGUUAAACAGGAGGUCAGCAUUCUAAAGGACCUUCAGCACCCCAAUAUCAUUCAGUUGCUGGAAGUGUCAGAAAAUAGUACCUGUAUGUUCCUGGUGUUGGAGUAUGCGCGCGGAAAAGACCUGCAGCGCUUUAUCAAGUUUGCUGAGACACAGAAGCUGGAGGAAGAGAGGGCCCGGCUGAUAUUCCGAGAACUCCUGGAGGCUGUGCGGUACUGCCAUGACAGGGGGAUUGUCCAUGGGGACUUGAAACCAGCAAACAUAUUAAUGGACCGUGAAGGCCACCCCAAGCUCAGCGAUUUUGGCUUGGCUUUCAGGUUCCAUCCUGGCCAGGAGGUGACCGCGUGUGGAGGUACCCUAUACUAUUCCGCCCCUGAGGUAUUCUUAAAAGAGAACUACCAAGGCCCACCACUGGACAUUUGGUCUUUAGGCGUAAUUUUAUAUGAAAUGAUCGCUGGGGUAAACCCAUUUAAUGGGAGCCAAGGACAAGGGAUAGAGAAUGCCCUGAAGGGGCGAUACCAGUUUCCCCAGCACUUCUCCAAAGAACUACAAAGUUUAAUAAAGGGUCUUCUCAACCCUGACCCAAGCAUGCGCCCUACCAUCGAGCAAGUAAGGCAGCAUCCAUGGCUUCGGCUGGAAUCUGUCCCUCGUCAUCCUCCUAAACUGCUCCCCAAAGCCACAGAAAGGGCAAUACUGCACAUUAUGGAUGGGAAGGGGUACAACCCGCUGAAGGUGAUCGAUGCAGUGAAGUGCAGAAAAUACGACCCUUACAUGGCGCCCUUCCUGCUACUACGGGGCAUGGCACUCCGGAAAUUCCACUUCAGAUCUGAGGCGAAGCCCACACACAAACAUAAGGCUGAAGAUCUGUUUGAACAGCCCACAAACAAAGAUGAAAAUCGGCUAUCUUCAUCUCCUCCCCCUGUAGCUGCCCCACCAGCUAGGAGGGAGAGUGAGCCCUGCCUCUUCACUGGCCACUUCCUCCCCGAGGUGAAGCCUCUCGGCCAGCAAAGGAAGACAGUCUCCCUGCCAAUUGACAUCAGCAGGACUCCCCCUGCUCGCACAUCCUGCCAGCGCAGUCCAAACUUAGUUGGUACCUCUGGCCAGCUAGGCCCCGCUAAUCUCAUAGCAUCCCACAAACCAAGUUGUGCUGCUGCUACUACCAAGGCCUGCCAGCCCAGCCAUACUACUACCAUCAAGUCCUGCCAGCCAGGCCCUUCUACUCCCAAAGCAUCCCGUCAACCAAGCCCUGCUUCUCCCAUCAAGUCCUACCAUCCAGGACCUGCUACCCCUAAAGCAUCCCGUCAACCAAGCCCUGCUUCUCCCAUCAAGAAAAUCUUCCGUGCCUCUCCUAGGCCAUGCUGGCAGCCCAACCCUGCCUCUCCCGGUGAGUCCUUCCAGCACAGCCCUGGGACUCCAAAUGCUGCCUUCACUGCUGCCCCAGCCCCUGUCAGCAGUAGGAGGUGGGGCUGGAAAACUGUCAAGAGAACCAUGAGAGACUGCCUGCAGGCCCUGUGCUGCUGCCCCGUAUCGACAUGCAAGUGUCACAAACACAAGGUGGUCCCAGUUGCAGAUCCAUGAUCCCUCCUAUGGACAUGGUCAUCCUGACAGCGAGGUCAGCCACACAAGUGGAAGCCACAGUGAGUUGCCUUGCAGCCCUUUGUGUAGGGAGCUGGAGGGGAGAGGAGGAGUCAAGAUCACUAGUGCAUCCUGUGGGCGAGAAGCAGAGGGAGGGGUUGGUGCACAGCAUGGGAAGGCUGCACAGGCACCAGGAGCUGAGAGCCAGUGAGAGGAAGACAGGAGGAGCAGGGGGGAGAGUCACCUGGCUUGUAUCCUGCUGUCUGAGGGAGGCUGCCCCAGGGACAGGGAGGGCUGGGCACCAUGGACCUGACCACAACCUCCCAUGAGGAUGCAGGGAGACCUGGGUACCAUGGACCUGACCACACCUGACCACAACCUCCCAUGGGGAUGCAAGGAGACCUGGGUCUGUGUCUGGGUGAAACUUUCCGAGUACAGCUUCAGCGUGAUCCCAAAGACUCGGGCCUGGGCAUC